AUGGUGGGAACAGGCCUUGAUGCCUAUAGGUUAUCCAUUUCUUGGUCAAGAUUGAUUCCAAAUGGUAGAGGACUCAUCAAUCCCAAGGGAUUGAAAUUCUAUAACAAUCUCAUCAAUGAACUCAUUAGUAGUGGAAUCCAACCACAUGUAACACUACACAAUUAUGAUCUUCCACAGGCACUCAAAGAUGAAUAUGGGGGAUGGAUUAGUCCUAAAAUCAUAAGAGACUUCAUAAAUUAUGCAGAAGUGUGUUUCAGAGAGUUCGGUGACAGAGUCUUAUAUUGGAAUACUAUGAACGAGCCGAACGUGUUCACCAUAGGUGGUUAUGAUCAAGGAACAACCCCACCUACACGAUAUUCGCCCCCAUUUUUCCAGAAAUAUAACAGCAGUAGGGGUGACUCCAUAACUGAGCCUUACUUGGCAGUUCAUCAUAUUUUGCUAUCACAUUCUUCAGUAGUGAGAUUGUAUAGAAGAAAGUAUAAGAUUAUUCUUCCUGCAAAUGAUACAGAUGAAGACUGGGUAGCCACUCAAAGAGCCCGUGAUUUUUUUAUUGCUGAGUCCUUACAAGAUGCCUUGAAGCAAUUAUAUCUGAUUGAUGUUAUUGAUGAAAAUGGUGCAAUUACAAGUAUUGGACAGAAAAUGGCUGGUCAACGGACACAAAGAAAUUCAUCACUUCAAGAUGUGACAAGGGUGGAAUACUUGCAUGUAUAUAUUGGUGCUGUGCUUGAUUCCAUAAGGUACUUACUAAAUUAA